AUGUGCACGAGUAAGGUACAAUAUGUGAUGAGACGAAAGACCGGUUGCAACCGGUCUAAACCGGUCUUUUUCGGUUUUUAUAUAUUUACAAAAACAUGGCAACUGGCAACUGGACUGAUCACAAAUGUGGGCAACUGGCAACUGGAAAAGACUGGACUGUGGUUCAGUCCAGUUCAGUCCUAUACUGGACCUGCGAACACUAAAUGGAAGCAGUUUGGUUUAUGGCUGCACCUGGGAUUUGACCCAUAUCCUGGCGAGUUGCAGUGGCUCAAGGUUUCGUGGUUGAAUUGUAACCCACAACUCAUAGGCAGCUAUUAUCUUGAAGCUGCACGAAAAAAGGAGAGUGACCCCAGAUGGGAAAUCUUUACCCUUCGUUAUGAGACACCUUACAGCAUCACUGGUGUUUCGGAAAGUCUAACAUAA